GACGAUGGAACUUGCAACCAUCUGACUGGAUCGCGCUUUCCUUCCGUUGCUCUGCCCGCUACUUCGGGAUCUACAGUCGACCCAUCUACGCUUUCUGGCCUAUCCAUCCUAUUCUGCUACCCGCGAACUGGAGCUCCCAAUGAGACAAUCACCGAUGACUGGAACGCAAUCCCCGGAGCGCGAGGCUGUACGCCACAAGCUUGUUCCUUCCGCGAUGCCUGCGACGAGUUCAGGAGUCUUGGAGUGAGCAACAUCUUCGGCGCCAGCACUCAAGACACUCCGUACCAGCAGGAAGCCAAGGACAGGAAUCAUCUUCCGUACGACUUGCUCAGCGACGAGAAGACGGAAAUGAUAAAAGCUUUGAACUUGCCUACGUUUGAAUGGAAGGGGACGAAGCUGAUCAAACGGCUAUCGAUGGCGAUCGAGGAUGGCAAGAUUAUCAAGGUCUUCUACCCGGUCUUCCCACCGAACGAGAGUGCGAAUGAGGUAUUGAAGUGGCUCAAGGAAAGUCGCUAG